AUGUGGUGUUUCGCACCUUUCAUUGGCCUGAAUCGGUACGUGCACGUUUUUACGGGCAGUACUUUAACUGCAAUACUUCGGUGGCUGCUCCGUGCUAAGACAUGCAAUGAAAAAGGCCGUGCGUGCACUGAGCCAACGAUGAGCGCGUUACCUUCCCUUUAUCGUGGCAGGUGUGCCGGAAACGGGCACAGGUCCAAGAAUGUUGUUGGUGCGCGGGAAGAAGAAAAGAUUUUAGUGAACGACCGUUUCCUGUUGGUGCGCUUAGUGGUUGCAGGUGAAAUACUUUUAGGCCAGGAAAUGCGCAGUGCUGCUCAUAAACGUGUUGUUUUGAGGAAGUAUCAAUUUUUGCUGGGGUGCACAUCAACAGCGCUGUGA